UUCACCUAUGAUCUCAUUUAGUCACAACAGUCAGGUGAAGUUGGUAUUAAUAUUAUCCCCACUUUACAGAUGCAGAAACUGAGGUGAAAGACCUUGUCCCGGGACACACAGCUCGUAAAUAGUAGACUUAAGAUCUAAGCUCAGAGUUAUUAGACCUCAAAGCUCAUGAUUUGGAACCAUUAUUAAAAAUUUGCAAAGUCCCUAGUGGCAGCCCAACAGGAUAGAAAGAUGUGAAGGAAGCCUCUUUUCCAUUUGUUAGGUGAGAAAACAGGCCGGAUACUCUGGCCUCCAUCCUCGACUCUGUAGACUCCCCCACUCAGCCUUGCUGUCAUCUCUCUUGUAUGGAUGAAGGAACACAUUGCGUGUGGUCCCACAGACCUGCUGCGAAUCUUGCUCCACCGCCAGGGGCUGUGUGACUUUGGACCAGUCAUCUUGCUUCUCUGUGCCUACACGUGGCCACAGAAUUCCCAGCUGGUUGCCUUGAGGAAUAGGAAGAAAAAUGUUGCCCUGCCCACAGUAGAUGCGCCAGGAGCCAUAGUUCCCACACAACAGUGGAUCUGCAUCAUACUUGGCCGCCGAGACCAACCCCCUGUGGCCUUGUAUUUAUUUAGAGCUUUGUUCUCAGGGCCGGGAAGUGGUAGUGCCUGACCGGGGUAUGUGGCCACCUAUGACUUCCUGCGUGGGGCCCUGAGGAGCGCCCUGAGCGGUGUAUGGCUCUGAAGUCUUGGACUUGAAAGGAGGGGAGGGCCCUGUGUUGUCAUCGAGACUGAUGGGGUAACCGAGACCCACUGUGAGGAAGUGACUUUUGCCUGAGACACUGGAGAGGGCAGAGAUUGAGCGCCUGGAACUUGCAUUUUUGGACCUGCCACCAGGACCUAGGGAUUUCCACCAGGGCAGUGAGCACCCCCACCCAGAAUUCCAGGCUUCUGGGAGGUCGCGGGGAACACAGACAAGUCACCAGCUGUGGCUCUCUGCCCAUGUCCCCUGGGAAGACGGGGAGGAAGCGAGCGGCAGGCUGAGGCUCUUUGAUGGGGGAACUCUGACUGUGGUUCCUGAAAGUGUGUGGCAUGGUUGUGUUUUCUCUCUGACUCGUUCUCUUGCUCUCUGUCACUCUAAAGAAUGACUGGGCACUCCUAGAGCCUUCAGCCAGCAUCCAGGGGGUUUUUUCACCACAGAGGGUAAUUCCUGCCCCAUCCCUGUUGUGAUUCAGCUGUGACGUUGAACCACACAAGUCAGCGAGAAGAUAAAGUCAUCAGACUCCUGCUCACCAGAGAGGGUGGCCCACGCCAGAACUCACUUCUCUCAGCACAGACUCCACGGGCUGGUUCCCUCCCCAGAGGAGCUUCGUCGGGCUCCUGGCCAGCCUGGGAGCCCGGGAUGGCCUCUGGCUCAGCCAGCAGCCCCCGCCCAGCCCCUGAUGAGAACGAGUUUCCCUUUGGGUGCCCUCCCACCGUCUGCCAGGACCCACCAGAGCCCAGGGCCCUCUGCUGCACCGCCUGUCUCUCUGAGAACUUGAGGAACGGCGAGGAUCGGGCCUGUCCCAAGUGCAGAGGAGACGAUUCCCAAUCUGUAAGCCCGGGGAGCCUUAUGUCUCAGGAGAAGGAUCACCCUGAGGUGGCUGCAGAUGGAGUUGGGUGCCCCUUUGCAGGUGUUGGCUGCUCCUUCAAGGGGAGCGCAAAAUUCAUGCAGGAGCAUGAGGUCACCUCUCAGGCCACCCACCUAAACCUGCUGUUGGAGUUCAUGAAACAGUGGAAGGCCCAGCUGGGCUCAGGCCUGGGGUCAGGCCCCAUGGCCCUGGAGCGGAAUCUGUCAGACCUGCAGCUGCAAGCAGCCGUGGAGGUGACUGGGGACCUGGAGGUGGACUGCUACCGGGCACCCUGCUCUGAGAGCCAGGAGGAGUUGGCCCUGCAGCACUUCAUGAAGGAGAAGCUCCUGGCUGACCUGGAGGGGAAGCUGCGCGUGUUUGAGAAUAUUGUCGCCGUCCUCAACAAGGAGGUAGAGGCCUCCCACCUGGCCCUGGCUGCCUCCAUCCAGCAGAGCCAGCUGGACCGCGAGCUCAUCCUAAGCUUGGAACAGAGGGUGGCGGAUUUGCAUCAGACACUGGCCCAGAAAGACCAGGCCCUGGGCAAGCUGGAGCAGAGCCUGCGCCUCAUGGAGGAGGCCUCCUUCGAUGGCACCUUCCUGUGGAAGAUCACCAACGUCACCCGGCGGUGCCACGAGUCGGCCUGCGGCAGGACCGUCAGCCUCUUCUCUCCAGCUUUCUACACUGCCAAGUACGGCUACAAGUUGUGCCUGAGGCUCUACUUGAAUGGCGACGGGACGGGAAAGAGGACCCACCUGUCGCUCUUCAUCGUGAUCAUGAAAGGGGAGUAUGAUGCUCUGCUGCCGUGGCCUUUCCGGAACAAGGUCACCUUCAUGCUCCUGGACCAGAACAACCGUGAGCACGCCAUUGAUGCCUUCCGGCCCGACCUGAGCUCAGUGUCCUUCCAACGGCCCCAGAGUGAAACCAACGUGGCCAGCGGCUGCCCGCUCUUCUUCCCUCUCAGCAGGCUGCAGUCGCCCAAGCACGCCUACGUGAAGGACGACACCAUGUUCCUCAAGUGCAUCGUGGAGACAAGUGCUUAGGCAGCAGGGACGAGAAGCCGCACCUGCGCCCUGAGGGAGCACCAACCCAGGCUCGGGGAGGUGCCACGACCCCGGGGCACAGGGAUAGGCUGGGGCUGGCACGACCUGAGCAGGGCUGACAGGUUGACUAUGGCGGCCACCAGCUUCGGGUGGCAGGACCUUGGGAUGGGCCCCCAAAGGCAGAGGGUUCAGAAGGAGGUGGUGGCAGAAUUGUUGCCUCUGCACUGAACACACAACCCUGGAGGCCUGGCCGCUACUCCAGCCCUGAAUAUUGAGGUGGACUCUGACCAGGAUGGGGAGGGCAUGGGGGUCAGGCCUGGGACAUGAAUGGCCAUCUGGAGAUAAAGGACCUGAGCCUGGGAAGGUCCCUGCAGGGCCACCAGGGAGAACUGGAAACAUGCUUGCUGUCUUCCUACCUGGGGUCGGAAACAAGGGGUGGAAGGGACGGACAGGUUGCCAGUGUGAAUUCAGUCUGUCAGGCAUGCACUGAGUUCCCCAUCAUGGGGGUGAACACGCAACCUUUCUAAUCAGAUUUCCCUCAGCUUCGGGUCCACGACUGGUUCUGUGGGGACCACAGAACAGUAUCGGGUCAUAGCUGACCCAUAAAAAUUGAUUUGAUGAUGACUGAGCACCAA